AUGGCGCAACAUUUUCCACUUCAUCCUGACAUACUUCCUCGCCUCGAUCCCGAGUAUGUCGCAUUUCACAACGAACAUCUUAUCACGAUAGUACAACCCCAUGAGCGUCCUUGGGACCCUGCGAUACGUAAUGGGCCUGCUGUUCCUGGGGGAUCUUUACCUUUGAAAGUCGGGAGCACGAAGGAUUAUUCUUUGAGCCAAUGCGGUGUCCGUAUUUUUACUCCCGAGGGCGAGGUGCCCAGUGCGGGAUGGCCUGUCUUCAUUUUUUUCCACGGAGGCGGCUGGACUUUAGGAAAUAUUAACUCAGAGAAUGCAUUCUCAACAAGAAUGUGCAAACAUGCGAAAUGCGUAGUGGUAUCUGUUGAUUAUCGCCUAGCUCCUGAAAACCCGUAUCCUGCAGCUGUGGAAGACGCUGUGGAAUCCUUGGAAUGGGUGCGGAAAGAUGGAAAGACCGUGUUGGGAAUUAAUCCCGAGCAAAUCGCUGUCGGGGGUUCUUCAAGUGGCGGGAAUCUCGCGGCGAUCCUUGCACAUAAAGCUGCUCUUUCGACGCCUCCUAUCCCCCUUGUCUUUCAGCUCCUUGUCGUACCUGUAACAGACAAUACCGCCACGGAAGACGGCAAAGCCCAGCCAUCCUGGGCUGAGAACAAGAAUACGGCAUGGUUAUCGCCUGCGAGGAUGACUUGGUUCAAGAAUAACUACCUGCCCAACAAGGAGGACUGGUCGAAAUGGGAUGCUUCGCCGCUGUUUGCGCCCCAUGAGCUUUUUCAAAAAUCACCCCCUGCCUGGAUUGGAGUUGCCCAGCUGGAUGUGCUGAGAGACGAAGGGAUCGCGUAUGGCGAGAAGCUCAAGGAGAAUGGUGUUGAGGUUGAGCUAGCAAUUUACAAGGGUGCUCCUCACCCGAUCAUGGCUAUGGAUGGGGUAUUAUCAAUUGGAAAGCAAUUGGUUUCAGACGCGGCAGUAGCAUUGGCAAAGGCUUUCGGUACAGCGUAGCUCAAACGAAACGUUGAACAAGAAUACUUAUGGGAAACAAUGCACUGAAAUUUCAUGCUAUGUUAUAUCUGAGGUUGUACAAAGAUACAUUUCGUUUCACCACGACUUAUGGCCAUUC